AUGCACCUAAAAGAAGUGCUAUUAGUCUUGAUACUGUCCUGCUACUUGUGCUAUCAGACCGUUCGGUCACAGCAAGUUAAUGUGACCAUAUUUACGGAAUCGAAAUGUAAAUAUUGUACAAAGCUAUUGCGUGAACAAAUCUGGCCAUUCUACGUGGAACGACCUGGAAUAAUGAAUAUCCAGAUAAUACCAUUUGGUAAAGGUUACUGUGACCACUUUUCAAAUCAAACAUUCUACUGUCACUGUCAACAUGAGCAAGACGAAUGUGAUCUGAAUAGAUUGCAAAAUUGCGCUAUCGCUUUCUUCCCUCAACGCUACUUAGGCCUGGUAACAUGUGUUCAAGGCUUGUCCAACAUUUACGAAGCCUUUUCACGAUGUUUGACAGGUCUUACUGAAUAUACUCGAUAUCGAUUAAUUGAAUGUGCCACAACACAAACUGGCGAAACUUUAAAUUAUUACUCUAUGUUGAAUACUCAUCGGGCAGGAAUCAAAUUAUGGCCAGCAAUGUUUGUGAACGGUGAAUAUUUUGAGCGCAAUUAUCCGUCCGAAAUUGAAAUAUGCCGACAUACAAUGUGGUGCUAG